UUGAGCGAUAUCAAGUGUGCAUUCUUUCGAAUCAUAUGCUGUUCUUCUCCCUGCCUACGCAGAGGACGUGCAAGGGAGAAGGCACCAGAUCCACAAAACCUUGAGGAGCGGUUCUACAAGUGGGGCGUUCGUCCCGAAUGGCUUCAGCCUCAACGCAUCAUCGAUAGCCGGGUGACACGUCAGAAAGAAUGGUUCCUAGUGAAGUGGCGUGACCUGCCCUACGACGAGUGUACGUGGGAGGAUGCAGUAAUCAUCGAAGUCCCUGAGUUUGAGCGCUUUGUAGAGGAGUUCCGUCUCAUGCGAGGUCUCUUUAAGGGUGAGACGAGUUCUGUGACGACGAGCAAAAAGAAGGGAAGCUCCUCUUCUGCAGCUGCCAAUACCAUUGCUACUAUUACUUCUACGAAAAAGGCCAGUCUCAGUGCUAGCUUAUUGAAGAAGAUCCCUCCCGAGAAACCGAUUACGGAUUUGAGGAAGCAGCUGACCAAACAGCCGGAGUACAUGGAUGAGACAGGUGGGGAACUCCAUCCUUAUCAACUGGAAGGGUUGAAUUGGUUGCGGUUUUCCUAUGGUAAUAAAGUGGAUACCAUUCUUGCCGAUGAAAUGGGCCUGGGAAAAACAAUCCAAACUAUUGCUUUCCUCUACUCGCUCUACAAAGACGGCCACAGCCGAGGUCCCUUCCUGGUAGCCGCCCCUCUCUCCACCAUCAUCAAUUGGGAGCGUGAGUUUGAGUUAUGGGCACCUGACUUCUACGUGGUGACUUACGUUGGGGACAAGGACUCUCGGACGGUCAUCCGUGAGCACGAGUUCACCUUUGAGGAGGGGGGAGUGCGUGGCGGAUCUAGAGUAGUGAAAAUGCGCUCGGGCGCUCAGGUCCGCUUUCACGUCCUCCUUACUUCCUAUGAACUCAUUUCCAUUGAUCAGGCCCUGCUGUCCUCCAUCGACUGGGAGGUACUGGUGGUGGACGAGGCACAUCGACUAAAGAACAACCAAUCCAAGUUCUUCCGAAUGCUCAGCACCUACAAGAUCUCUUAUAAGCUACUCCUAACUGGAACUCCGCUACAGAACAACUUGGAGGAGCUUUUCCAUCUACUUCACUUUAUGUCACCAGCGAAGUUUUAUGAUAUGCAAGGCUUUCUGGACGAGUUUGCGGACAUUUCAAAGGAGGACCAGGUGAAGAAGCUCCAUGAAAUGCUCGGAAAACACCUACUUAGACGGCUCAAGGCAGAUGUGCUCAAAAAUAUGCCAUCAAAGGGAGAAUUUAUUGUGCGCGUUGAAUUGAGUCCUAUGCAGAAGUGA